GCUGCCGCGGGCGGGCACCUGGAUAAGAGGACCCUGAACCGCCCGCCCCAGCUCCGCGUGGUGGUGGGCGGUGGCUGGGUCAUGUUGCUGGUGUUGCUGAGCCUGGCUGCAGUGUGCGGGAGCACCGCGCCCCGAGAGCCGACUGUUCAAUGUGGCCCUGAGACCGGGCCAUCUCCAGAGUGGAUGGUCCAACACACACUCACCCCAGGAGACUUGAGGGACCUCCAAGUGGAACUUGUUAAAACAAGGGUUGCACCAGAGGAUUUUUCAAUUUUGAUGAACAUAAGCUGGAUACUCCGGGCAGAUGCCAGCAUCCGCUUGUUGAAGGCCACCAAGAUCUGUGUGACUGGCAUAAGCAACAUGCAAUCAUACAGCUGCGUGAGGUGCGAUUACACAGAGGCCUUCCAAAGUCAGACCAGACCUUCCGGCGGCAAAUGGACCUUCUCCUAUGCAGGCUUUCCCGUGGAGCCAAGCACACUCUACUUCAUCGGGGCGCAUAACAUCCCCAAUGCUAAUAUGAAUGAAGACAGCCCUUCCUUGUCCACGAACUUCACCUCUCCAGGCUGCCUAGACAAUGUAAUGAAGUAUAAAAAGCAGUGCAUUGAGGCGGGAAGCCUGUGGGACCCAAACAUCACUGCUUGUAAGAAGAACAAGAAGAUGGUUGAAGUGAAUUUUACAACUAAUCCCCUUGGAAAUAAAUAUGGUGUUUUCAUUCUAUGCAACAUGAACAUGCCAUUGGGGGUUUCUGAAGUGCUGGAGAACGAACUGACACGGACAUCGGUAGCCAUUCUGGUGGACAGCGAGAGUGAAGGUGCCGUGGUUCAGCUGACUCCGUAUUUCCACACCUGUGCCCCUGACUGCAUCCGACGCCAGGGAAUAGUUGUGCCUUGUUCAGAGACAAGUGCUUCCUUCCCUGCUCCAGCUAACACGACCUGGAUACUGGAUAGAAGCAUGCUGGGAGGCUGGCUGCCACUCAUCCUGGUGCUGCUGGUGGCUACAUGGGUCCUGGCAGUUGGGAUCUACCUAACCUGCAGACAAGAAAGGAGCUCCAAGUCUUCCUUUCCUACCACCAACAUGCUGCUGCCCCUCAUUAAAGUCCUGGUGGUUUACCCAUCUGAGAUUUGCUUCCCUCAUACCGUCUGUCGCUUCACCGACUUCCUUCAAAACCACUGCAGAAGUGAGGUCAUCCUCGAAAGAUGGCAGACAAAGAAAAUAGCCGAGAUGGGUCCAGUGCAGUGGCUUACCACCCAGAAGCAAGUGGCAGACAAAGUGGUCUUCCUUCUUUCCAGUGAUGCCCACAGCCUCUGUGACAGUGCCUGCCGCCAGAACAAGGACGGCGCCAGGGAGAAUUCUCAGGACCUUUUCCCCCUCGCCUUUAACCUUUUUUGUAGUGAUCUCAGCACCCAGGCUCACCUGCACAAAUACCUGGUGGUCUACCUCGGCGGGGCGGACAUCAAGGGCGACUAUAAUGCUUUGAGUGCCUGCCCCCAGUAUCGGCUCAUGAAGGACGCCACAGCUUUCCACACAGAACUGCUCAGAGCUACACGGAACAUGUCAAUGAAGAAACGGUCACGAGCCUGCCAUGGCGGCUGUCCCCUGUUGUAGUCCACCCAGAAGAAGAGAGACCCUGACGCUCUCCUAGUCUUACCACUUCCAGUGACAAGAAGCUUUGUGAGGACCCUGAAGCUUACUCCACAGGCUGCAUGGAGGGAGUACCGUAUCACAAAACUUGCUUUAGAAAUGGAGUUUGCAGAGUCAGAACUUGAGGCUAGUCACUAGCAGGUUUUAUGCCUAUAUUACAGUUAGAGACAUUAAUGAAUGGAAGCUAAAUUCACGAAGCUCAAUCACAUUUACACCCAAAGCCCAGUAAUGAUUCUCACUGCAAACUAGACAUUCUGGCAAUGAAAUAACAAGGCAUUUCCCAGUCAGGAGCCCUGUCUUGCACUGCCCAUGCUCUGUGCUGCAUGCAGGAAUGUUUGGCCCUGUAACAUUUUAAUGUGUUAAUGAAUAAUCCAUUUGAGAAGCACUCACUAAUUGAGUAGCUCCCUAAGAGGAAAAGCCUAUUACACACAUAAGCUGGACACAUCUUGCCUGACCAAUGGCCCAUUGGUGUAUGUGUCCUGUAUGACCCCACUGUACUGAGUGAUAUCUGUAUAGCACCUUCCCUUGCCAAACUUCUGGACAGGCAACCUUUGUUUUUAUUGUAGAAGCGCUAGGAACUGAACCUAGGGUGUUGUACAGCUAGACAAAUGCUCUACCCCUCAAAUGCAUCCUAGUCCCUCACAGGUGGCUUUUCAGUAAAUAUAAAAACACUUCACCAGCCAGACAUGGUGGCACACACCUUUAAUCCCAGCACUCACGUG